UGUGUUUCAGUUGUACGUCGGCGGUCGGACCUGUUGGACGUGCUUCGUUCCGGUUUCGUCGGGACAUUCGCUACCGUACGUACGCGGUGAGUCUUUGUCUGGUGCGCGGUCCUCGGUCGGAGGCGGAAUUUCUUCGAUUGGCAGCGUGUUUACCGCGCGCGCGGUUCCUUGUGAGUGUUUAUUGGGGGCGAAGAAAACCCACCCAGCCAGGGGAAAAGUGUGACGGAAUAUAGAAAGAUAGUUUUUGACGAAGAUGAGCUGGUGAUGAUGGGUGCCAAGAGGCAACACCACAGAGAAAACGCGACCCGGCAUCGGGAUAGUGGUGUUUACACUAAUUUUCAAUUUUCCUACGUGUGAAUUGUCGAUCACGCGGUCAAAUAAACAGUGGCGGUAAAGUUUGCUCGGGGCGGGCUCGGCAAUAGCUGAGCUGGUUGGCGGCGGGUGGCACGCGUGGAAAAAAAAAGACGAUGUUAUUCUUCCUCGACUAUGAAUUAUUAAUUAUCGCUUAACACUUGGUGUGGUGUUUGGAGAGUGUGACCUCCCACUGAGGAGGAGACAGUGUAUCAAGUUAACUAUUACGUUAAUUGAAGUACCAUCGCAUCGUGGAGCGAUAAAUGCGGAAUUGCAGCAACACGUCACCAUAGAACUGUUUACACGGUGGAUAUUUAUUUUUUCGGAUGGUCGCGCCUAUUGUCAUGGUUGGAAAUAGAAUUUGACCGUUUGGUGAUAAAACACAGCGUAUCAUGUGGAAAUCCGAUCGCAAUCGGAAGUUUGGUGUGGUGUGUAAGCAAUAGUGAAAACUCCCCGGUUCAACCCCGAGCUAUAAUUGGGAAAUCGUUUAAUCAUCGUCCAGGUGCGCACUAAGGAGUGGUGACUAGGUAGUGAGCGGUAUCAUCGAUAACGCAAAAGUCCUCCGCUUGAAAACACAGGUACAUAAAGUGAGGUGUGAUAAGAUUUCGGCAAACAACAACGAAGAAAACGUCGUCGUCAUCGUCUUCGUUGUCUGAGUCUGGCCAAUCGCAAUCAGUGUGGAUUGCGGUGCUCCGUUGCACGAUAAGAGGACGUACUCGGCGUACCCCCAUUCCGGCUGGAAGAAAGAGGGGAGCAGCUCUAUUUCUGGGCAUUCAGCCAGCAGUAAUCAACGUUUGUAAACCGAGCUUUUACCAAGAAAACCGAUUUAUCGAUGCUGCCAGCCGUGGAAUAGCACGCUUUUUCUUGUAACCCCUCCCACCAUCGAUAACGACAAACGUUCCAAUGAUAAGCAGCGUAAUAUGGCAUCAGAAUAAAAUACAUGGAGUCAUUAAUCAAGACACUAGUGGUCGCUAGUCUCCUUAUCGGCAUGAGUCGGGUGUCGCCUGUCAAAAUUUCUGGAGCGUUGAACAUCAGUGCCAUUCGGGUGGACGAUCAAAAGGACGACCUGCAGCUGAACAUUUCCUGGAACCCAGGGCUGGGCGAAAACGACGACGACGGCGGCGGUGGCGGCCACGGUGGUUACAAUCUGUACGACGUGAAAGUUUGGCACAUAGCCACCGAGAGGUGUAUGAUUCAACCAACCUUGUUCGUGAAUCAGCAAAACUUAACGUGUGCUCCUAUUCAUAUCGAAACGGAAAUCACAUCAGUAGUAAUGCCUCCUGAUCCAACUGUGCAUAAGAAACACGAAUGCAUCAUCAUGCCCCACUGUACCUACAACAUAACGGUGCAGCAUCUGGAUUUCAAAUGGUACUCGAAUGAAAUUUUCCAUGUUCCAGAGUGCGUCGAGGGAGUUUGUUCAUGCUACUACAAAAACCGGUUACCUGGAAUCACGGCUGCCACCGUUAUAAGCGGAAACCGACUAACAGUAAGCUGGUUUUUGCAGUACGAAAAUGCCAGUGCCGCAGACCUACCGGAUGAUGUCGAGCUGCAGUAUGUGGAUAUCACAGUGUGGCAGAUCGACCAGAAGGGACGUCCCUGGGACGGUCGGGACAGGACGAAAAAACUAUCGGCCAACGACACCGGCAACUGGACGUUCGUGAUGGACGACAUAGUCGGCAACGAGGAGGAACUCGUGACACAAGUGAAACUGUUCGAUAGCAGGCGAUGCUAUACGGAGGCGGAUCUUAUAACAGAUUUCAUUUCCAAGGAAAAGCUGGAUACGACACCUGCCGACUGCACCGGAACGGACUGCCAGUGCCAAGUUCAAAAGCGCACCUCCAACUUCAGCGUGCACACCCACAUGGAAGGCCAAAAUAUGAUAGUCAACUGGAGUCUGGAGCAAAGCGCCAACAACGGCGCCCGAACCGCGGAACCGAACUUGGUGAGAUUGUCAUUAGAUGGCCCAGAGCGGGGUAACGUACUUACCAAAGCAGUUCGAUGGACCGAGCAACCAGUUCUACUGAAUUUCGCUCAACAGGAUGCUGUCGGUGCAUCGCUAAUCCUAAGGUCAACCAUGGUGGACGCGAACGGAUGUGAAGUAAACGCAUUGCCGUUGAGUGUGCUGGUGCCCGCAUCCUCAUCGUUUCAGCUUCACUUCAUCCAUCUGGCAGUGUUGAGUUUGGUGCUGAUAGGAAUCGGAGGUGUACUGUAUGGCUGUAUCUUGCUGAAGCGAAAACAAAACCCACGACGAUUUAAGCGAAACUGGCGAACCAGUCAUGAAAUGUCUAGCUCGCAUCACCAACCGGGUUUAAUACAAAUGGAAGAGAACCGGCUGUACACCGAUUGGGAAAUCAUAGAGGCGCGAACCAAAGGUGAAGCCGAUUUGCUUGAAGUGCCGCAUUCGUCCUUACGCAUCGGGCGGGAAAUUGGAAAAGGGGCCUUCGGACGAGUUUUCAUAGCCAGCGCCAGCAAACUGCCCAACUGCAUCGGACCAAAGCUGGUGGCCGUCAAACAGCUGAAGAAGUGCCCAAAGCGGAUGCCGGAAUUUGAAGAAUUCCUCGAUGAAAUAUCGAUGAUGAAACGAGUAGGCAAGCAUCCCAAUAUCGUGACACUGCUGGGAUGCUGUACAGUCAAGGAGCCUCUGACCAUGAUCAUGGAAUACAUCGGAUGCGGAGAUUUGCUAGAAUAUCUGCGUAAAAUCCGAGCAAAACAUCUGGCCCGGGUGGCCCGCCUGGAGGGGAACGUGACCCCAACACCGGAAACGAUCAGCUUACCGCGGUCCAGUUCCAACAACUCCAGCAGCACCGUGUUUGGACCGAUGCUGAAAUACAUGGAUGUCGUGCACACCUCGAGUUCCACCUCUGACACAUCGUACAUCACGCAACCAGAUACCGUUUUGCGGCCAUCACUGACAGAAACCAUGUACACCACGCUCAGUGGCAGCAAUGAGCCCAGCAAGGAGCACGCAUCCCUGGAGUACCUGUUGGAUCACAAAGAACUGCACGAUUUUGCCCGUCAAAUUGCGUGCGGCAUGAAGCACCUGGAGGAGAAGAAAAUCACACACCGUGAUUUGGCGGCGCGAAACAUACUCAUAGACGAGAAGAAAACACUGAAGAUAUCUGAUUUCGGACUUUCCCGGUCCGGUAUUUAUGUCAACACUAGAAAUAAGAAAGUUCCACUGCGGUGGCUAUCCAUCGAAGCCAUGCGUGACAAUUUAUACUCCAGCAAGAGCGAUGUGUGGGCGUUCGGCAUUGUGCUGUGGGAAAUCGGUACCCUGGGAGGUUACCCCUACCCCACGGUGAGCAACCACGAGCUGCUCGGCUUCCUGCACAAUGGCAGCCGGCUGGACCGGCCGGAAAACUGCAGCACCGAACUGUACGACCUGAUGCUGCACUGUUGGAAGGCCGAACCGGACGAUCGGCCCUCGUUUGACGAAAUAUUCAAAUCACUGGAUCCACAUCGACGAAUUUACAUCGACUUCAAUGAAAUCGAACCCACCUACGUGUUUCCCCCGACGUCGGACCAAAUCAAACAAACUCUAGCCAACAACAAAUAGACGACAGAUGGAAGCGAGAUAGGGUUCCGCGAAGUUUUUGUCCGUUAAAGUCUUGUUGAACGGUUAAAGUGAAUUUCCUAUUGUCUUUGCACGGCGUGUUUUUCCGGGAACUCAGAGAAUCAGCAUUUUGGAACAUUUUGCCAGGAUGAAAUAGAAUGUCAGAUCAUCAUUUGAGUUUAGGGUUGAAGUAGUAUAUCGAACGUUGUG